AUGCAAUCAAAAACUGCCACAACAACUGCGAUACCUGAGGAAGAAGAGAAAAUAGCCGAUGCUAAGCCUUUCAGUGAAAUACCUGGUCCCAAACUUUAUCCCAUCAUUGGAAACUUGUUGACCUUAAUUAAAAAUAAUGGCUACCAUCAAAAAAGACCCCAUCUAUUGUAUUCGAGUUACAGGCAAAAAUAUGGCCCCAUCUUUAGGGACAAGAUUGUUAAUAUGAAAUUAUUAUUUGUAACUACACCAGAAGACUUUGCAACUGUUUUCAAGGCAGAAGGAAAAUAUCCUGAUAGAGGACCAACAAUGCCGUGGAUUGUUUAUCGUGAACAACGAAAAAAGGCUAAAGGUGUCUUAAUCGGUAAAGGCGAAGAAUGGCGAAAAUCACGAAGUGUGAUGGAUAAAAAACUUCUUAAAAUGAAGGACGUUAGUGCCUAUAGUGGAAGAAUGAAUGAAGUCAUCUCAGAUCUAAUAUCUCAUAUAAAGCGAAAACAAAUUGAAGAUAAUCUGAAUGGAGAAUUAAGCAAUCUGCAGAAUGCAAUAUAUAAAUGGUCAUUUGAGACAAUUAAUAGUGUCUUAUUUAGUAAACGGCUUGGAGCAUUCAAUGAUCCCCCAACUCCUAUAGCAGAAAAAUUUUAUAAAAGUGUCUGCAGCGUGUUGAAUAUUACUGGUAACCUAGUGCUAAUGCCACCAUUUUACAAAUAUUUCAAGACCAAGCAAUGGAAAGAAUAUUGUAGUUAUUGGGAUACAUUAUUUGAGAUCGGUGGUAAAUUAAUUGAUGAAGAACGCAAUCGAUUAUUAUCGAGCGGACUUGAUCUUUCGAAGAAGCUUGAGAGUAAUCACCGGACUGAAGAUAUGGAAUUUUUGCCCUAUGUUUUAUCCCGUGGGGAAUUAAGUGAUGAAGAAAUCACCGGCAAUGUCAUUGAACUGAUGGGAGGAGGUGUUGAUACAUCUGCAAAUACGAUUAUGUGGGUGCUGUAUAUAUUAGGCAAAAAUCCUGAUAUUCAAGAAAAGUUAUAUCAAGAAGUCAGUAGUGUACUUAAAAAUGGACAAUUUCCUGAUAGCCAAAGCGUACAGAAAAUGCCUUACUUGAAAGGAGUCAUAAAAGAAAGCGAAAGAUUAUACCCUGUAUUGAUUGCGACAUCGCGUAUUCUAGCUCAAGAUGUUGUGCUAAGUGGAUAUCAUGUCCCUGCCGAGACUAGAGUUUACAUGAUGAUGCAUCUUGCAGCAAGAGAUGAAUCGAUUUUUGAUGAAGCAACAAAGAUUAAGCCAGAACGAUGGAUACGAUCAUCGUCCUCACAACGUAAACGUAAUCCAUUUAGCUUUAUCCCGUUCGGUUUUGGGCCUAGAAUGUGCAUUGGAAGACGUAUCGCUGAAUUAGAAAUGGAAAUACUAAUUGCUAGAUUGAUUUCGGAAUUUCGUAUUGACUGUCGUAAUGAAAAGGAAGUCGGAGUAACGUUUAGAUUGGUAGCAUCUCCUGAUCAGGAUAUUCGUAUCGCAUUUCAACAAAGAAAUUAA